AUGGAAGCGAACUUCAACGGCAUGUUUGCGGCGUUUUUCAAGGGCGACCCAGCUCAGAAGGUUCUGAAGAAUCGCUUCGACGAAUACAUGCGAGAAUUGAUUCGCGAUCCGGAACUCCAGCAAAAGUUGAUCCCGGAAUUUGAGGUGGGCUGUCGCAGGAUCAACCCUUCGGCGCCGUAUCUCAGUGCCUUGCAAGAGCAGAAUGUGCAGCCUAUCUUUGACCCUAUCCUAUGUAUCAAGCCGACAGGCGUGGUGACUGUAGGCACAUCUGACGGAGCCAGCGAGACCUCGAACACAUUGCAUGAAGCCGACGUACUCAUUGCUGCGACUGGUUUCGAUACGAGCUUUCGACCUCGCAUUCCUGUUGUAGGAAGGAAUGGAGUUGACCUACGUCAGCUAUGGGAGUCCGAUCCCGUCUCAUAUAUGGGGACCGGAGUCGCUGGAUUCCCCAACUAUCUGUCUUUCCUUGGGCCAAACACUCCUAUAUCUAAUGGGGGCCUGAUGGGUAUGUCGAAAGAAUAUUCUACGCAAGGCAAAGUCUGA